UCUAUUUACUAAAUUUACUUGUCAAACUCGUUAAACUUCGAUUACCGAAAUCACCGAACAAAACCUUUUUGCAACAAUUUUUUUUUCUCAAUGCAGCACUACAAACAAACUGUAAUUGUUAACAUUACAUCGUGUUUUGAUAACAAAUAGAUGAGUGAUGAAAAUCAGAGUGAAGUUACCUGAAGAUCAACACAACUUGAUACGACAUCUCCACCUGUAUAAUAUGUACUUUAUUUGUGUGUCGCCGUUGCUGUAGUGUUUUCUUUUUACAACUAGUAAAAAUUGUGUUUUUUUUUUUCAACGGAAGCUAUAAAUAAUUCAAUCUGAAUUUAUUUGCGUUCAUUCGCAUAGCGAAAUAAAAAAAUGAACUCAUCCUCCGGAAGUUCUCGAGGGCCCAGCGCUAGCAGCGGUAAAGAACCCAGCAAGCGCUUUUCGAUUCAUGAUGCCUUUGAGGAAGAAACGGAUGAAGUGAUCAAAGUGUAUGGCUCAACUGUAAUUUCAACACCUAUGCGAGCAAAAGUUCGAUCACCGGAAGAUAUUACUAUUCGUAUCCAACACGAUCAAAGGACUCUAAAGUACACCGAUGAUACCACCUCCAGGGAUAGUGACUCGCUAAUACAGGAGUAUGGCAACCUGUCAUCAGACGACACCAACACCUACUGCUGGCGGCAUCCAAAAGUCAGAGAAAACUGGAGAACUGUCUUGGCCGCAGCCACUCUGCUAGUCAUUGGAACCGGUCUAAUAGCGAUGGGAGCAUAUGCAAUUGCCGAACCACACAACGGUUCCCAAGCGGCAGUAUUUUUCGUGGCUGGUUUCAUAUGCUUUGUCCCCGGAGCAUACCAUGUUGUAUACAUCUGGUUGGCUGCACGUGGCUAUCGUGGAUUCGAUUUUUAUCAUCUACCCCUUUUUACGUAGGCAGAGAAAAGCGCAUAUAUGCUAUAUAUUUAUGACAGAUCUUGUGCUCUUACAUACAUUGUAAGAUAUUCAAUGUGAUGCAUAGUUUGCAUCCUUGUCUGGUAAUAAGGAUAGUAACAGCUAGAGUUGUAACACGAAGAUAAAAUUAUACUUGAACGCAUAAUAGAGUCCGAACGUAUCUAAAAAUAGAUCAGAAAUCGAAUUUAUUUUAGGUUGUACAUUAUUCAUGCUUUUUUGUUUUCGAACAUUGAUCGACCCCAUCUACAGAAAAAAUUUAUGUAUAACGCUUAAUAAUAAAACUAAUUUUAUAUUUGUUAUAUCUCUUGAUGUCCAGGAUAUAUACACUAAAAUGUACAAAAGGUGAUUUUUUGGAUUCAAUACGCAAUAAAUAGAUCGAAAUUGGCAGAAGGUAUCUAUAGAAAUUAGAAUAGAAAAGGAUUUGGAGAAAGGACACAGUACUUAUCUCACGAGCUCACGCAUCGCUCAACGUAUCGUUUGAUAUUGUAGUUGCAUUAAAUAUGAACGGUUCAGACGAACGUAUUGUUUGUUGUUUAUUCAUUUGAUAAUUUCGAAGUAUUAAUUUAGUUGUGUAAAAAG